AUGAGUCUUCUGCUGGAGCUGGAGCUGGUACGCGUGCUGGAGCUGCUUGUCCUCGUCGACGAUCGUAAAAGCGUCGAAGACUGUGAGCUUAGUCCAGCAAAAGCAGAUGAAGAGGUACUUAUGCUAGUAGAUGUGCUCGUGCUACUAGUGCUCGAAUCGCUCGUUUCCGUUUCCGUGUCCGUGUCCGUGAGUGAUGUCCCUGUAGACAACAGUGCAUUGGUUGUGAUGGUGCUCAGUGUCCUGUAA